AUGGCUAUAAACGUUGACGGCUAUAGCAACAAGAAAGAACUACAACUCAGGAACAUCGUACUGAAUACAAGACCGCACAUAGUCAUCCUCUCUGAAACAUGCACCGACCUUCAUCGGACCAUCUACAACAACCAAUACACGGUCAUAGGAGCUGCAGGACCAUCAGAUGGAGUAGCAGCCAUGAUCAGGCAAGAUGUGCAAUAUAGCAUAAGUAGCAAGACCACACGAAUUAUUGUGCUGCAAUUGGAUAAUUUGGUGACCUGUAUUGGUACCUAUGGACCUACAGAGCAGACCGCCGACAAGCAAAAGGCAAAAUACUGGGAAUACUUAGCCAAAUUGAUUCCGACCGACAAGCCUCUACUCAUAGCAGGUGACCUGAACUCUGGGCAUGAACCAACCCAGCUCAGAACAAUAACCGGCAUACCGAACUAUAUCAGACUGCAAAGACUUACUGACCAGCACGGUCUUAAUAUACUACCAACUGCACCUACCUGGAUCUCUAAACGAUCCAAGGAUCAGAAGCCUAGCCGUACCCUCGACCGCAUAUUGAUUAACACAACUGCCGGAGGAGACGACAAGGUGAUACUGGACUGGGAGAACGCACCAGCUGACCACGCCGUACUCACCUACAAAUGGACUUUACAUACCAUUGACUACAACCAAGGGCGACCAAGGAACAUACACUCGGUCAGGGACAGUAGAGAGCAAACCACUCAGGCUUGGAUGAGAUUCAGGGAACGGCUGAGACUCCACUUCCGAAAACAGAAACCACUACUACCUAGGCAGCAAAAUGCGAAUCAAAGGUUAUGGGAGCAAUACCGUAAACUCAAAGGUGAAGAAGGCCUGACAUUGAUCGAUGAAACAGAGGUGGAGCAAGGCAGAAGACUCAUACAUACCAGCAAAGAGAGAAGCGACAGCAUAUCUGGACCAACCGCCACAUACUGGGGAGAUCGAAGCGGCCAUAAAAGCCAUUAA